GGCUUACUUAAAAUACAAUUUACGCUUACUUUUCAAUAAAAAAACAUGGCUAUUAGGUUAGCACUUUAGUGACACACACACACACACUCACACCUUUUGCAUAUUCAUACUGACUUCAUGAUGUGUUUUACAGCCUCAAUAAAUGACGCCUGUGUCUUUAAAGGUUUGAUGGAUUAAUGGUCUGAAGUGACUGCAUUUCUCCAGCCGCCUGGAGAGAGGGAAAUCCACGCGUUACGAAACCCCGAAGCUCUGCAAUUCCAAACCGAAUAUUUUUCCCAGUUCCGAUCUAUUUAGUUGCAAAUAUAAUCUGUCAUAUCUCCGCCUCGACCGCUCUCUUUUAAGAUGUUGCAUGGUUCCUGUCAACGGUGGUAUUCUUGUUUACUCCCGCCCGUUCGCUUCCCCCUCCCCAAAACAAGAAAGCAGUAGACGAGACAAAACUGGCUGGUACGCGCUUCGUCGCGAUCUCCACAACGCACCGGGUGUGUAUGUAUAGGCAAGAAUUUAAAUAAAGGCGAAUUGAUUUAAACAAUUUCGAUUUAGUGACAUGCGAAAAAGAGGUUUUUCGGCCUACGUUGCAAUUUUAUGGUCAGAAUCAAUGGAGACGGAUACGCCAAAAAGGCGCGUCGGGAAUCUUAUUUUUGCCGGAAAAUAAUGGAUUACCUAGUGUAUUUUGGUCGAAAAAUGAAGCUUUGUCACGAUCAUACGACGCCAAUAUCGUUACGGUCUGGAAAUGGACUACGGUUUAUUCAAUCCUCGAUCGCCAGAAGGAAUGAUGUAGAUGGAUCUCUUAGAGGUAUGACAAUAUAAACAAACGACAUCAUAUUCGACAUUCUUUGGUAUAUAUUUGAAAUGUGGGGGACCGGGACUGCUUGAUGUCGGAUUACAGAGCCUGCUGGGCUUGCUUGUCGACAGUGUGCCUGCGCAGAUGGCGAACACAAGCGAUCCAGGAGAAAGCAACCCAUCGCUCCAGAAUUACGCCAUCACCGCGUCUGCGGUCAAAUUGGCAUCUUUGGGUCUCAUCACCUGCAUCAGCCUGCUCGGGAACAUCGUGCUGUCCCUGCUGGUGCUGAAAGACAGCACCCUUCACAAAGCUCCGUAUUAUUUCCUCGUCGACCUGUGCGCGGCGGACAUCAUCCGCUCGGCCGUGUGCUUCCCGUUCGUGAUGAUCUCCAUCGACAACGGCUCGUCGUGGAGCUACAGCAUCCUCAGCUGCAAGAUCGUCGCGUUCAUGGCCGUGCUGUUCUGCUUCCACAUCGCGUUUUUGCUCUUCUGCGUCAGCGUUACGCGCUACAUGGCCAUCGCGCACCACCGGUUCUACUCCAAACGCAUGACGUUGUGGACGUGCGUCGCGGUUAUAUGCAUGGUCUGGACUUUGUCUGUCGCCAUGGCCUUCCCCCCUGUUUUCGACGUGGGCACUUAUAAAUAUAUCCGCGAGGAAGAGCAAUGCGUUUUCGAGCACAGGUACGUGAAAGCCAACGACACGUUGGGCUUCAUGCUUAUGCUGGCUGUGAUCGUGGGCACGACGCAUGUGGUUUAUAUCAAAAUGCUCUGCUUUGUUUACGACCACCGUAAAAUGAAACCCGCCCAGCUCGUUCCGGCUAUCAGCCAGAACUGGACUUUUCACGGACCGGGGGCGACGGGACAGGCCGCCGCCAACUGGAUCGCGGGGUUCGGACGCGGCCCGACGCCGCCGACGUUGGUGGGCAUCAGGCAAGCGUCGCACAACGCCAACCGCAGGCUGCUCGUCCUGGACGAGUUCAAGAUGGAGAAACGAAUCGGAAAGAUGUAUUACAUGAUCACGUUGGUGUUUCUGCUUUUCUGGGCCCCUUAUAUUGUCUCGUGUUACAUCCGGGUGUUUGUGAAAGGAAACGCGGUUCCUCAGGUGUACCUGACAGCAGCCGUAUGGUUGACGUUCGCCCAAGCGGGGGCAAACCCCAUCAUAUGUUUUAUAUUUAAUAAGGAGCUGAGAAUGAGAUUCAGAGCUUGUUUUCCUUACUGCCUGACUACACAGACGCCCAUGGAACCCUACUGUGUUAUCUGAUGUUAUAGAUUUCUUUACAUUAAACUCUAAAGGUACCUAUAAGGUUCUAGGUUGGAAUGUAUGGUUCCUUAACAUCCACAGAACCUUUAUGUUGCACAAAAGUUUUUUUUAAGAUUAUCAGACUUUGGUUUGACCUUUUAUUACACUGUCAGAAAAAAUGUUAACCCCUGGUACCUGGGGCGGUACCCUUUUAAAAAGUACACCUUUGCACCUAAAGUGUUCAUAUUGGUACCUCAAAGGCAGAUAUAUGUAUAGUUGUAUACAUAUUAGUACAUUUUUAAAAAGUCCUACCCCAUGGUGUCAACUAGGGUUCAUUUUUUCUGACAGUGUAGCUCUGUUUGCUUAUCUACAAGCAGUGUCCCCAAAAUAUCUGAGCACUCGAGCCAACUUUACAAUGUAUUAUUUUUAUGUAAGCCUACUUGUGCUAUAUUUAUGACACUUUUAUAUGUUAUGUACACUCAAAAAAAAAAUGCUGGGUUAUUUUCAACCCAGCAUUGGGUCAAAAAGAGACAAGCCCAGCAGCUGGGUUAAAUAAAUAAACCCAGAAAAUGUAUAUAUUUGACCCAACAAUGGGUUAAAACCCAGAAUUUUGAGUCGAAACAUCCCAGCAGGUUAAAUUACAACCCAGCAGGCUGGGCUUGAAAUAACCCAGCAUUUUUUUUUAGUGUAAUGCAAUGGCAUUCAUCUAAGUGUGCAAAUAGUUUCUGGGGUCACUGUUGCAUACUGUAUUUAUGCGAGGUUCCUUCAUUGAGAUGUGAAACCAGACCCGUUUCACUAUUGCAUAUCAGAAGAUUCAGAUCCAAGAUUAUGCAAUCCACAUAUUAAUGUAAAUAAUGUAAAAAGAGUAUUUAUAUUCUGGAGCUCUUAAUAUAUUUGCUAUGACCUUGAUAGACUUUUUUGUGUGAAUAAAACAUCCAGCGGCUUUUUACUAUCACAUGGACACGGUUGAUUUAAACUGAUACUGGACAGUUGUGUUCAAUGGAGGUGAACAUUCAUAUUUGACUUUUGGAAUCAGUAUUGAGGUGAGCUUAAUUUGUAUUUUAAUUCUAAUAAACAGUUCAUUAUAUAAUGUACUGCGUUGGUGUGCUAAACAAGAAUCAAAUUCAAGAAAAUGGGUAUUUAAGGGAUUUUGUUGUCAACUCAAACUGAUGUGAAUGCCUUUUUUAUUUAUAUUUCGCUAAUCCUCCAUUUUAUAAUUUAUUCUUACACUGUAAAAAAAACUUUGCUGCCUUAAAAUUUUUUGUUGAAUCAACUCAGAUUUACAAGUCAUGUCAACAGAAAUUAGUUAUCACAACUUAUAAAAUAUAGUUGAGAAAAGUCAACUUAAAUUUAUAAGUUAUAACAACUAACCUGUAGUUAUAACAACUCAUCUCUAGUCAAGAUAAAUAAUAGUAAGUUGAAAUGACUUGUAAAUCCGAGUUGAUUCAACAAAAAUUUUAAGGCAGCAAAGUAUUUUUUACAGUGUAGAUGGGAAAAGACAAGAUAUGAUAUUUCAGACUUAUAAUUAAAUCAAUCAUGAAGUAAAAUAAAUAUACUGUAUUGUACA